AUGAACACCUUGUGUGACACAACGAACAUGCCAUAUACAGAGAUAGACAAUUUGGAACUGGAGGAGUUUGGCUUCCAAAGUAGAAGGCCCGUCCAGCUUUUUGGCGUUGAUCAAAUGGACGCUCUCAGGAAGGGCUAUUUGAACUGCUUGGCCGUCUCUUACAAACAUCAGAUGAUCAUUGCGGCUUUUGGCGACAAGAUAAAGUUGAUACGUAUUUCGGAACUUUCUCAUGUCUUGGAAUCAGAUACAGAAGAUAAAGAAACCGGGUCUUCCCCUGCUAUUGAUUUCACAGAUAAGACCACUAUCAAACUUAGCGCAUCGGUUCAACAAAUUUACUUGAAUGCCGAUGAGCAGCAUCUAGUCAUUCUUUUUGAUGGCUGUCAUCGCAUUGGUGUCGUUGAGCUUGGGAAGGUCAUAAAUGGCCAGUGGACAGGAUCAUUAACAAAAAUAAGGUUGACUAAGAUGCCUGGAAGAAUAGUAGAAGCUUCAUUUUCCAAAACGAAUCCAAAUUUAGUUUUACUUCUUUUAGAUAUCGACGAGCUUUGGCUAAUGGACUUACAGCAGAAAGAUAUCACAACGUCUACCAAACUUAUUAAAAAGGAAGUAACGGCUGCCUGCUGGACCCAAGAUGCGGAAAAUCAGAUAUAUAUAGGAAGUUCUUUGGGAAAGAACAUUUCCGUUAUUAAUAUUAGAGGAGAAACGUUGUCUUCCAUUAAGUUCGAAGAUACUAGUCUCGAGGAGAUCUUCAAGCCAUUACACAUAACGCAGAUGAAUGAAGACACUACUCUUGUCAUAUAUGGUAUCUCACGCGAGGUUAAAGAUGUGAACCCUGAAUUUAGAUCUUUUGUGUUCACGAAGGGCUCUUUCACUAAAGAGGUCAAGGAUGUGUGCAUGCUAUUUGCCGAGUUUCAUCAAAAUAUUGCUUUUUAUGAGACUCAUUUGAAUCAUUGGUGUAAAGAUUUUCCAUACCUUACGUUUACAAUAGCGUCCAAUUCGACCGAUUUCAAUGCGCUCACACCGGAAUGCCAGAUUAUUGAAUUAAAUGACUCCGACAGGGCUCAGAUGCCGUUGGAUCCGGAGACAAAUGCCGAUGACACUCCUAUAGGAUUUAUUAUGGAUCUCCAGGCGUCUGAACAGGUUAAACAACCAUGUAUGACUCUUGAUUCUUCUGGUCCAUUGCCAAGGUUCAUCAUCUUAUCCCACAGGGGUCAACUAUUGACUUGGAAUAUCUGGUAUACGAAAGCUAUCAAGGCCCAGGAAGAUGACUUAUCUGCGGCUUUGAGUUGUGUAUUGAAGGCCCCCCAAGAGGUGAAAUUACCAACGCAUACGCAAGUGCAAGCAUCGUCACCGGCCAUCCAAAAAGCUACCAAUUUAGAUUUUCCAAAAUCUGAUAGCAUAUUUUCCAAGCAUGAAAUGGGUAAUCCAUUUGGCUCCACUUCUAACCCAUUUGGAUCUGGAAAGGACUGUGUGGUGCCCGAGAAUGUGACUUCUCCACUAAUAAAAACUGCCCGUUCCCCGAAAUUGCAGGGAAAUAUGGAUACGACCUCAUAUUUACAUGAGAAACCUGCACCUAAUAAUCCCCCUAAUGCUUCCCCUGUCUUUGGAAAGUCUGGAAUUCAAAACAGUACCAGGUUCUCGCUGUCCGCACGUGCAGGUUCCGAUGCUCCUAACAUUAAAAAUUCAACCAACAGUGGAUUUUCUGCCUUUGCUUCCAACGGUAGUUCUCCAUUUGGCGCAUUUGCCAGCAAAGAUCAAACAUCACCUUUUGGUGUAAUUGCCGCUAAAGGUGCACAUACAUCACCCUUUGGUGAUUCCUUUAAGCUUGGGGCUCAGAAUAAGAAGUCAUCAAUGCUUGGGUUUGGGCAGAGCAGCGGUAAAAUGGACGGUGACAAUUCGGAGUCACCAUUCAAGUUUAAGGCAAAAAGUGAUGAAGCAUCACCUAUAGUGAAAUUGCUGUCCAGUAAGGAUAAGUCUCAACCUGUAUUUGGUAUCAACACCUCACACAAAUCUCCAUUUGAGAAAUUGGCCGAGAGUUCAGGUAAGUCUACAGGUAAGGCGUUCAACUUUGCUGGAUUUGCUUUAUCUAUGUCUGAAAAAAACUCAAAUAAUAGAAAUGAACCGGAUGAAAGUGAAGAAGAAAGCGACAAUGAUAAGGUGGAUCAGGAUGAAUAUGAUAGUGAAUUCGAUUUCGAUAGAGAUGAUGAGUCUGAUAAUGAUACGAAACUGAACGAAGAGAGGUACGCACCAUUUGUACCACUUCAGGAGGAGAAAAUUGAAGACAGUACCUCUGUUACUGUCCCAGAAGAUGCGGAAAGAAUUCAAGUUGAAAGGGAGAUUUUUAAUCAACGAGAAAAAAUGAAGAAGACAACUUCUGGUGAAGAUUCUGAACUGAACGGCCUAGAGGAGAAGGUUGGGAACAGUUUACCAGGAACAGAGGGGGAACAACAGGGAUCCAAAGAAGCCACAGAGAAAUCUGUGCAAACUAAAGAGGAAUUUGAGGAAUCCACAAAGAAAUCAACGGAAGACGAUACUAAGGGAUUUGAAUUUCCUAGUCAUGAAAAUGAAUUGAUCAAAAAAUUCAAGCAUCCGACUUUGGCGAACGAUCUCCUUUCAUCGAGGUAUGCUGAUGGCGAAAGCGUGCAGACAAAUCAGUUGGAGGAGGAAAACAAAGCGGUUGACAUAAGACCUGAGUCAGCGGAGAAGGAUGAGGUAAAAAGUGAAGAUGAGAUGUCCCAACUUCGCAAAGCCUCUGGAUCAGAAUAUCUGAUCCCCAUGGCACAAACAAAUUUGGAGGAUGAUAAGGCGGUAGAAAAGGAGGAGAACAGCUCAAAAAUGGAACCGAAUUCAUCAGAUGUAGAGGUUGAAACUGCUGAAGCGGGUUCUAGUGCUUCUUCUGAAGAAAGUUAUGAGAGGAUAGAUAAAAGAGAGGUUGAAGAACAAGCAGAUCAUAUACAAGAAAUGAAGCAAAGUGAAACCACUAGUGAUGCAGCAGUCGUUCCUUCCUCUACGGAUGCAUAUCUCACUUCAGGAACACGCGAAGACAAGGCGGCUACUGACCAAGCUAAACUUGUUCGUCAAGCUACAGACACGCCCUCUUUGCUGAACACAGAAAAAGUGGAAACAGAGACUAUGGAAUAUAAGGAUGAAAAGAUUGAAGUGGGAAACCAGCAUUAUGCUGAUUUCAAAGUGGAAUCAUUUGAAGAUGAGGAGGUUUAUCUCAGUAAAUUGGCACUCCCUCCUUCAGUUCCUCCUCUUCUCACUGUGAAAAUAGUAGAAUAUCCCAAUGAGGACAAGCCAGCUGUCGAGAAAGAGAUGCUAGAGGUCGUUUACGAUACAGAGACAGAUCUCGAAUUCCUUCAACGAAAUAUCAAUCAGUUGAACUUGUUCUUAUCGAAACAUAUGGACGACAGCGUGAUGCACACACUUGAGAAGUCUAUCGGGUUUUCCGACUUCUGGCGGUUGAACGAGGUUGGAACUGUGGAAGCGGGUAUUCAAAACACUACCAAAACGCUCACUAAUAUGAUGGCUCAACUAAGGGAUGUGAUUACUAGGGUGACAAAACUUAAUGAAGAAGUAGCUUCUUGUAUGAGACGGACUCCUGCAAUAAAGGAGUCAUUACUGAUCGAACCUCAAGCAGUCGUCAUUAGUCGCAAAGGAGGAUUAACUUUUGAUUCCAUGCAGAGAUGCCAUAAGAUCAACCUACUUGUGAAUAAGGUCAAAUCGAUGGAUUCUCAGCUACAAUCGAAACUUCUUAUUCUCAAUAGUUUGGUCCACCCCGAAGCAUUGACAGAACAUCCUCAAAACAUGGAUAUCGUUAUUUCUGCCAUGGACUCGCGAUUCCAGCAGCUUUUGGACGGACUUUACGAUAUCAAAAAAGAAUACGAUAGUGUAGCUACUAUGCGUCAAUACAAGGACUCUGACAAUACUAUAUCAGACUUAUUUGAUAACCCCAAGAACAGCCUCAAAGCAUUCAUCAAGGGUGACAGAACGGAAAACGAAACAAUUAGGGUUUCAUCCAUUAUAUCGGCUGUUGGUAGUAGGAGUCGGCUAGGGAAGAUGUUCCAUGAUAGGGCCUUUCACCCUAGGAAGGUGACUUUGUAA